AAGCAAUCUGUAAUCAGUUCACACUGUCUUUUCGACACAAAGAAUGACAGAUUAACAUUUAAUCUUUCAGAAUGAAGGUUUUGUUUGUUGUCACUUUUCUCAUUGCUCUGUGCAAUGCAGAUAAUGUGUCUGAAGAAGAGUUUCAGAAAUGGAAAAUGAAGUUUGAUAAGAGCUAUACGUCUGUAGAGGAGGAGAAUAAGCAUAAGGAAAACUGGUUUGAAAAUCUCAAACUCAUCCGAGAUCACAACAGGCUGGCGGACCAGGGCAUUAAGAGCUACAGACUUGACAUGAACUACUUUGCAGAUAUGGGUAAGCAGGAUUAUGCAGAGACUGCAUAUAAGGGCUGCCUUAUCUCUAACAGCACCAAGAAAUACAAUGGUGCAACAUUCUCUGGACAGAUAGGAGGAAGUGCUGUGCCAAAAACAGUGGACUGGAGGAAGAAGGGCUAUGUGACUCCUGUUGAAGACCAGAAGCUGUGUGGUUCUUGCUGGGCCUUUAGUGCGACUGGAGCACUGGAAGGUCAAACAUACAAGAAAACUGGGAAACUGGUGCCACUUAGCAAGCAGCAGCUGGUAGACUGCUCUACAAAAAACAGUGGCUGCAACGGUGGCUCGAGGAACUUGGCCUUUGAAUAUGUGAAAGAAAAUGGAAUAAACACAGAGGAAUCCUACCCCUAUGAAGCCAAGGAUGGAUCUUGCAGAUAUAAUCCGGACACUGUUGGAGCCACCUGCGAUGGCUAUAUGGACAUAAACAGUGGAGAUGAGAAUGCUUUGAAGGAAGCUGUGGCCACCAUCGGACCCAUUUCUGUCGCCAUAGAUUCAAGCCACAUGUCCUUCCACCUCUAUGAAUCAGGCAUAUAUGAUGAACCUUAUUGUAGCAGCUCUAAACUGAGUCAUGGUGUCCUGGUUGUUGGUUAUGGCACUGAUGAUGGAAAGGAUUACUGGCUGGUUAAGAACAGCUAUGGUCUCAAUUGGGGAGAUAAAGGCUAUAUCAAGAUGUACAGGAACAAGGACAACCAGUGUGGUAUUGCUACACGAGCCAGCUAUCCGCUGGUUUACAAUAAAACUCAGCGUAUUCAAUGUGAAGCUUGCUCUAUCAUCUUUAUCCUGGGAUGUUUAUUGUUGGGUUUCUUUUACUGAGUGAUUGGAAAGCAUUGUGGAAAUAUAAUAAUUGACACAAAUUGUCUUGGCUGUUAAUUUUUGAUCCUGCUAGGCUAAAAUAUUGAGCAUUACAUUUACAUUUCUUGCAUUUAACAGAAAAAAAACAUUUUAAUGGUCUAUUUAAAGCUGGUUGUAAUGAAACAUGAAGUUCCUUGUUAUACUACCAAAGAAACAUAUGUGAUAAGUUAAUUCAGCUUUUAUAAGGAUUUUGAUCAUUAUCUAUUUUUACAGUUUGCUAGUGUUGUGGGACUUGAGAAUACAAAGCAGUAGUCUCAGUUCUGUGAGAAACUCAGGUAAAAUUUUAAUCAGCCUCUUCAAUGUCAAUGUCAAAAUAUUCUUUUUUUCAACAAAGCCCAUAAUAUCUUUUUUAGUGUGUCUCAUAAAGAGUGUGUCUCAUGAAAUUUCAUGUCCAUUUGUAAGUACUUUGUAAUGUUACUGUUAUAUUACAAAAUAUAAAUGUUCAAAAUAAUAUAACACAAGUAUUUUCACAACUGUAUUUGGUUUCAGAAAUUUGUAUGAGAAAAAAAUUCUAGUUUUUAGUAAUUACAUUUUUAUUUACCUGCUCUGUGCUUAAAUCUAAGGAAAUGUGUUUUGCAAAUCUUUACUGUACUUUUCUGUUUCUUUGGAAAAAAAAACCCAACUUUAUCUCUUUUAAAAAUAAACAUGUCCUGCAUAUA